AUGCACAAGGAAGGUAAAAAUGCAUAUAGCACAUGGAGUUUCCAAGAAAGUAAAUUGUUGUUAGAUUUAAUAGUUGAUAGUGCUAAUCAUGGACGGCGUGACAGUAAUGGCGUGUUCAGCAGACUGAUUGUCACAACUAAAAUACUUCCUAAACUUAAUGAAGCACUGGAGUUUUGUCAAUCUCAUCCAAACCAUAAGUACCUUCACACAGACAGUUUUUCUGACAUUGAGGAUUUGAAAAUUGCUAUUGGAGAUAGAACUGCUGUUAGAAAAUACUCUCUUGGAUUAGGAGGAGAUGAUACUGAUGCAAGAAGUUAUAGGCAGAAAGAAAAUACACAUGUUAAUAUAGAAGAUCUUUUAUAUGAUGAAAAUAAUGAAGCAUAUAUGCAAACUAAAAGUGAUUCAUCAUAUUAA